GAAAGGGGCAUAUUCUCUCACCUUUUGGGCAUUAUCCAUUUCCCUGGGAGGAGCUUCUCGGCGAUGGCGUCGUCUCCUUGCAUGCCCCAUCCCUGUCUCGUGGCUAGAGCGUCUUGCGAUUCUUCUUCUUGCUCUUCCAGCUUCUCGGCGCCUCUCCGGCAUCGCGCUGUGAAAUGUAGCAGCGCCAGCGCUAGCCGGAGGGAAUUUUCUCUCGGAUCAUCGGCAUUUUCUCUUCUUUCGCUCGCUGGAUUUGCCAGAGCCGAGAGCAUUCCCACGGAAGCUCCCAAGCAACUCUGUGACAACGCUUGCGAAUCGGAGCUCGAAAAUGCUCCAAUGGUGACUACUCCAUCCGGACUACAGUACAAGGACAUCGUCCUCGGAAAUGGCCCAUCACCACCGAUUGGAUUCCAGGUCGCAGCAAACUACGUCGCCAUGAUUCCUUCCGGGCAAGUCUUUGACAGCUCGCUGGAAAAAGGAGCGCCUUACAUUUUCCGUGUUGGAGCCGGAUCAGUGGUGAAGGGGCUGGAUGAAGGAAUUUCGACCAUGAAAGUUGGUGGCAAACGUAGGCUCUACAUUCCCGGCUCUCUGGCAUUCCCGCGGGGGCUGAAUGCUGCUGCUGGUAGGCCGAGAGUUCUUCCGAACACACCGGUGGUUUUCGACGUGAGCUUAGAAUACAUCCCUGGCUUAUCCGACACAGAUUUUGAGUGAAAGAGUUUUUUUCAUUCUCGGAAACAACUAAAGUUGAUUGUAUGAAAUCAAGGCAAUCUGCGACGCUCAGGUUCAGGUACGGUAAGCCUUUUUCUUUUGUUUCCUUUUCCUGUCAAAAGAAUCUAGAUAAAAUUUCA